GAACCAGGGUUUGAAUACCAGGUGGCCCAACGAAAGUAUAAAUGCACAUAUAAAGGACGAGAUGGGUACCAAAGAAUUGGAUAUAUCUUCGCGCAUCCUGCUUGGGGUGAAAAAACAACAAAGACAGGAAGUGAGGUUAGAGUAAUGACCGAAAAAAAGGAUCUUGAAACACAACAAAUGCUUGAAACUGAGCUUGUCUUUCUUUGGAAAGAGCGAACGACUAAUGAAGAACAUAAUGAGGAA